AGUUUACAGGCGGCGGUUCUGACUCAAGUCCGGUCUGUGAACAUAGAAUAUGCGAUAAUUUCUGCAGAUGGGGAGCGGAUGAUUUUAAGGGAAUUGGCCACCAGCGCUUAUUUUUAGCCCAAGAACUGUUUUACAGCCUUAAACCUAAUUGGAAACUGACCUUACUGCCCACCGCCAAGCAUCAAGUCUUUGUUGGUUAACAUUCAACUCUGGGAGAAUCUGUGGUUCUGGAAUCUGUUGCUGUGGAGGAGACUUUGGAAAUGGGACUUUGCAUUUAGAUUUUUAAAGCAGCCAGACACACGGACAUGGGCAGCGGUCCGAGUAAGAAGAAAGUUGCACCUGCGUGUGUCAGCGAGGUGAACGUGACCAAAACAACUGCCGGUGUCACUUCACCCAAACAGGACAGCCAUCCAUUCAAGCCUCUCAAAAUCCAUGCAACUUUGCGCAACGCGCGUAAUCGUGCGCGACCGGACUGCCACAGCGAAGGCCACGACUCUGACUUCUCUGGGGAGGACGAUGAUGUUGAUGGAGAGCUGGACACGGUUCUUAAAGAUUAUGAGGAGCUAGAGAGACUUUCUGUGAAGAAGAACAUUACCAAGAAAUCUUUUAUGAAAGCCAAAACUUACGGACUGUGUCACUUCAGCCGGGAAGACACCGAGGACGACGUCAGCUCAGCUCCUCGGUCCAGAGCGUCUGGAAGAGCCGAGGAGCCACGUGGCUCACACGGUGGAUCAAGAGACGUAAACAAGAGGAGCAAUGAUGCUUUCACACACUUAAAAAACCACACACCUGUGCGCCCCAGUCCGCACAAUUCCUCCUCACAGGGCUUUUUGAAAAGAGGUGCUUCGCUGGAAGCUGUUCCCACAUCAGAAAAACAAUCGACUUUUGGCAGCUGCCAUGGCUCUUCUCUUACAAUGCCAGUCAUCCUGUACGAUGGAUCAGAAGAGGAGCUGAUGGACACUAUUGAGAGAGAGUUUAGUUGACCCCCAGCUGAGAAUCCUGCAGCAAUGGAGCAACCUUCAUGGGAUGCAGCAGUUUGCAGAGUAACAUUUUAAAAAAGAGAAAGGGAACCAGGGUUUGUUUGUUUGUUUGUUUUUUGACAAAUUCUCUGCUACAUAGGAAGGCUACUGCACACAGGGUUCCCUGGAUAAAAUGUAAGAAUGUUUGUGUUGAACUUAAACAUCUGGACCCCAGGACUUUGCAUUUAGCCAAGUCUUACUUAACAACAAGAGGAGUUAUAACACCAGUUUGAACUGAUGCCAGGAGGUUCUCCUCACAGAGACCAACACUGUUAACUGACACAGGCCUCCUUGGUUUGUUAUCUGCUGUGCUAAGGUGUCACUGUCACCCUCUCAGUCUUGCUGGGCUCCCACAGAGCACGCAUCUACUUAUUUGAUACCUAUUACUUACUUAACUUUAACUUGUCUGUUCAUAGGUGAAGGGGAGAACACAGCCAUUUCUCUGAUCGCUGAAACUCAGUAGUUUAGCACAAUUUGAGUGGUAAAAGCACAUUCUUAAGGCCUUGUAAUUCGCUAAAUGCAAAGAUAACAUUUUCCACCAGUAGUUUUGUGCGCACAGUAUAGGGCUUUAGUAUUUCAUAAGUGGCAAUCCUGCAAAGGUAUGAGCUGGGAUUGUAUACUUAAGGUUUCCUUCCUGACCACAGUUCCUGCACCUCUCCACCCUUAUGAAGAAGGAAUGUGUGGCAACAGAGAGAGACUUUCACUCAGGCUCACUUUGACCCAGCUCCAUUUCUGCUGAUGACUCAGCCACAUUUAAACAUAAAGUCCUGCUGCCACUUAGUGGUGGAACAGAGUAGUUUCGUGCAUGAAUACAUACUGGGCAUUCAUGUAAAUACUUAAUGUGUCAACACAGUCCACCAGUCACUGUUAAAAGGAAAGCUGCAUUUCAAACAGAUUUUAUAAUAAAUUGUAAUUUUGUUUUUUACUGCAAAUAAAAAUGGACUAUGCUUUAUUUUUGAUCUCG